UCGUGCUCCCACCGAUCCCAACGCAGUCCCGGGGCUGAGCCAGGGGAAUGAGGCAGGAGUGGGGCCGGCCUCUGCAGCACAGUCACGCUGCCCCCCCCAUACGGGAAUGGCACGGCCGUGCUGCUGCACUGGUGCCCAUAGGGAAGCGAGGCUGCAAGAUCGCCUCUGCCGCCUCGAGCGACUGCAGAUAAGAUUUUGAUCCAUGGAAUAAUAAAAGCUCUAUUCAUAAAUGGCAAAGCAAUGGCAUUGAUAUUCUACAUAAACUGGAUAUGGAGACUACAAAAAAGUGCAAACUGUCAGACUGGAUGAAAGCACAAAUGAGUAAUUCACUUUCAGAUGCAUUAGGCCGUAGCACAGAUGCAACUGAAGAGGAAGAAGAUUACUUAGUUUAUGAUGGAGAUGUAGGAAUAAGCUGUAAAUACAACAAUAAUUCAGAUAAUCUGAAUGACUGUACUUGUACAAAAGGUAUUUCUGGUAUUUUAAACUUAGCCUGUUCUGAAGAUAACAAAAACAUAAAAGCAGCAGUCAAUUAUGAAACUCCUCUACAGCCUGAAGAAUUCUCCAGUCAUCACAGAGGCACCAGAGGAACAACUGGAGUUUCAGCUGAAAUGCCUGGAAGUGAAGUUUGCUUUAAGAAGGAAUUACCUGUUGGUAGUUCUAGUAAACCAGAUAGCAAAGAUCAUGUAACUACCUCCAAGAUGUCCAAUGUCCUCCUGCGUCACUUUUCUAGGGGAGAGUUACUAAGCACAUGCCACUUAAUUGAAUGUGAGACAAUACCAGAGACAUCCUUUACUGAAAGUAUCGAUGACACUGGGAGCAAACCUGAGCCUUCAGAACACAUCAAAGGCCCUUUAGUGUAUGAACAACGGGCAAUGAGCUCUGAGGAGUAUCCCUUAGAAAAGCACAAGGAAGUAAAGGCUCAUGACAAAAAUGAAAACUUGUUAAAUGAAAAUAGAUCUGUUUCAAAGGAACAUAUUCUUUCUGGAUGCAGACAGGAAUAUUCACAAUUGAUUAAUGAGACUGGAGAUACACACACCUUUCAAAACAUGAAAGAUGAGAGAGCCCUGUUUAGGAGAACAGUUUCACCUUGUGAGCUCAAAUGUGGCCGAGGGCAAGCUCACCAUUGUCUUCCUGACUUCUCUGAAGUUGCUUCAGAAGUUAAAGUACCAAAAACACCUGACACUAUUAACUCAGUUCCUUCACUUGAGAGAGCACAACCCUUUCCUAUUUUGCUAAGUAAAUCAGCAACUGUGAACAACAUUUUGGAAAAUCAGAAUUUCUUCAAUUCUGCUGAAGUAGAGAAUCAAGAAGAAAUGGGUAUUUCAGAACUGCUGCGACAGCUACAGAUGCUGACACACCAUGCUGACAUCCAGAAUCAUAUUGACCAUCUGAGAUUUAAUCCUAAGAUACUUCCUCAGUCAGACUUUGCAAAUGCCAGCAUUGCCAUUUCCUCAGGAGACAUUGGGACACCACCUGAUGUCAUCACAUUACGUGCUCCUGUCCCUGUACAACCUACACAUGGUUUGCUUAAAGCAAGACUGCAGCCUGCAACAGCAGCAUCAGCACUACCAGCAGCUGGUACAAUAGAAGCACAGUGUCUAAAUCCUUCCAAUUCACUGCCAGAACUAACACUAGGAGAAAAGAUGUCUCAAAUACUAAAGGAUCAGACAGAGCAACUGACUAAGAAAGUGGAAGACUUCUCUAAGCAUAUGACCCAGGAAACAUUCUUUUUACAAGACAAAAAGCUGGCAUUAAAUCAACUGAAAAGAUACCUUGAUGCCUUGGAAAGAAAUUAUUUAAGAGCUAGAGAAGAGCACCACAACUUACAGCUGCAGAACCACAAGGACAAGCCUAUCAGCCUUGGAGAGUUUGAUCCUAGCAGAAGGGUGGAAGGAGGAAUAUUCAGACUUGGCAUGCUGCUUGAAGACAUUCAAGAACAAAUGGAUGGCAGCAAAGGCAGCCUGUCAUCUUUGCUGACUUCCUGUGAAUCUGCCCAGUCUUUUUGUGAGAGCUCGGUGGUUUCAAGCAUUGCUUAUCCUCCAGAAAGAAGAGGUACUGAAACUCCAUUUCUUCACAAGAACCAUGAGGGAGAAAGAAGUCAGACAACUGAUUUAAUCCCAUCAACAAAUCAACUUCCUUUAGAAAGCAAAAAGUGCAAUCUUUGUCUUCACAUAAAUACAAACAUCCAGGAAAGAAAAACUGGAACAUCUUCGCUCUUUGUGCAGAGAAAACCAACUGAUUUAUCAGAUACCAGCCCGAGCAGUGAUUCAGAAGACUUCUCGGCCUAUGACUCUUAUGAUGAUUCACAAAGCAAGGACCUUGUCAACUGUGAAAUUCUAAGUCACAAAUCAUUAAAUAGGAGAUUAUGUGGCGAGAGAAAAGGACUUAGAUGCAGAUGCUGCAGGGGAAGCAGAUAUCAAGUAAAACUCAGGAAUUACAAAGAGUCUGUUCUGUCUUGUACCCUAUGUGGAAAAAAAAGUUCUGGUUCAGCCUCAACUCCAGCUUAUUCACAGAAGAGAAUCUCCACUCAAAAGGCUCAAAAAACCAAACAGCCAAGUGAUGUUGUAACCAGGCUUUGUGAAAGGAAAUCCUUUGGGGCUGCCAAAAUCUGCUGUUCAAGCACAUGUGGUACAAUUAUCCUUUCACAUCAAUCCAUACCCAGCAAGAAAUCUGCCCAAAGCAAAUCUACAAUCAACAUCAGAAACAGAAAUGCCAAUGAUUCCUAUGCAAAUAUUUUAAGUUCUACUCUGGAUCAUGCCAUAGAGAUAGCAAACAGUUUGAAGAAAGCUACAGAACGAAUGGUACAAGCAGUUUCAGAAGAUCUAGCUAAAGUUAAAAGAAAACGGUUUUAAUUACCUAGUUCAAAUACUAUAUUGUUCUGCUGGUUCAUACUGAAGUGUUAGUAUCUCUGCAAAAAUAAAAUGAUGACUACAAACAUUAAAAAGUCAGCUCGCUAACUUUGUCAGCUGUUCUGUAACUAUUAGUGCUAAACCAAACCAGAGCAUAGUGCUAAACCAAACCAGAGCAUAUAGGUAUUCCAUGUUUACACUCAGAACUGUAAAACAAAUUAUUAAUUCUACUGGAAGUCUUAAUAGGUUGGCUAAUCCCCAUUCCUGUGUACAGAUACCUUCUCUAAGUAUUCACUUAAGAUAGUUUAAUAAAAAUUGGCUUAAACAAGCAAAAUUAACUUUCUGACUUUGAUUUUCCCCCCACUCCCAAGUGUGAGAAUAAACCUCAGUCAUUACUACAUCUCUUUUCUUCCCACACUUCCACAGCAGCUGCUUAAUCACACCAGAAGAAAACAGCCUCUGUACCUGAGACAUCUAGAAGCAAACAUCAUGCUAACAUACCAAGUCAUAAUGAACUUCUGGAAUUACUUUGGUUUUAGAGUGCCCUACAUUGAGAGUUGCUUGUUUUUAAGAAACUUCCUUGCAUGUUGCAAUGACCAAAUUACACCAUUUGUUGUUUAUGUAUUUGUAACAAUUUAACUGGUUCCUUCAA